AUGGUUGAAGAUUCUAAAAUUAGAGACACGCUAAAAAAUGGAACUAGUGGAACAACCUCCAGUACAACCAGGCCUGCGUUACCGGCUUCUAUGAUUCCUAAGCCACCGCCAGUGUUAACUAGUAAGGACAAAAACACUCAACGAUUAAUUGUUGUACUUUGCCAAGCUUCAUUGGAAUCACACAUAAUAUCAUCUUCCCAUGGUCAGGAUAAGUAUGCAUUAUUAAAUUGUGACGAUCACCAGGGCUUUUUAAAGAAAAGUGGUAGAGAUAUAAGUGAAGCAAGACCGGAUAUUACACACCAAUGUUUAUUGACACUUUUGGAUUCCCCAAUAAAUAAAGCUGGUAAAUUACAGGUUUAUAUUCAUACAGCAAAGGGUGUUUUGAUUGAAGUAAAUCCAAGUGUCCGUAUUCCAAGAACUUUUAAAAGAUUUAGUGGGUUAAUGGUACAAUUAUUGCACAAAUUGAGUAUUAGAAGCGUUAAUAGUGAGGAAAAGUUGCUAAAAGUUAUCAAAAACCCUAUAACCGAUCACUUGCCCACUAAAUGUCGUAAAGUUACUUUGUCCUUUGAUUCGCCAGUGGUUAGCGUACAAGAUUAUAUUACAAAUAAUUUGGAUAAGGAUGAAAGUAUUUGUGUCUUUGUUGGAUCCAUGGCUAGAGGUGCCGAUAAUUUUGCAGAUGAAUGGGUUGAUGAAAAAAUCGGUGUUUCCAAUUAUCCAUUGAGUGCUUCUGUCGCAUGUUCUAAGUUUUGUCAUGGUGCAGAAGAUGCCUGGGGUAUUAUUUAA